GCAGCACCGAGCACAGUCCAAGAAUCUCAUGAGCAAACCGAGCACCAGACCGUCUUAUUCAAUAAUUCACUCUUCCAACACCGUGUUCGUGCUCUUUAAAUGAUUGAUUAGCGUCCUGCAAUGCACUCACAGUCCAUCUUCGCCGCCAAUUGAGGUGCAACUUCCUUGCCCCGCUCCAAACGACACACAAGUACGAAACGACCAUCUGCCGGGAACUUUCUCAACCCAUCACCGAACCACAUCAACAGCCUCCCCGUACAGAGGCUUUCCAGCAUGACAACCCCAAACCGUGAUCCUCCGAUCACCUCUUCUCCUUCGCCCGUUGCGUCCUCGCGCUCGAGCAUGGACGCGGCCUCACCACCCAGCAGAAGUUCCUCACUCCGAAUACCCUCCUUGCCCAGCGCCGCGGCCCAACACCGCCAGAGCUUUAAUGAGCUCCGAGGACACCCUCCGUCCCCUCGCUCUUCGAGACAACCAUCCGUGUCAUCAAUGGCAGUACAAGACCUCAUAGACAACCCUCCGGCGAAGCACCCGGACCCUCGAUUCGCCGGACGUGACUGGACAACCGUAAAGGUGGAAGAGUUGGUGAGCGCGGACGAUCUGAGGUUUGUGGACAGUGAAACCGGGGUCGAGGCAGCCACAAAGGUCCUCGUUGAAUCUGGCGGCCCGGUCGUCCUCAUCCGCGAAAAGGCCGGAUCUCCCGUCAUCGGAACGUACGACUAUCGUGACUUGAACGCCUACCUACUGCUGGUGGUCGGGCUCGCCCACCCAGACGAUGAGCACGCCGAGGACUUUGAGCAGGUUGCGCAGCGGGCCAGAGAAGGAAAGGCCAUUCAUCUCCGAGACAUCAAGGAUAUAAGCAAGAAAGAGGCCUUGACGUUCUUGAGCAAGGACGCAAACCUGUUGCAGGCCAUCGAGACAUUCGGCAAGGGUGUUCACCGCGUCGUCGUGGUCGACGAGGCGACAAAUGAAACCGUCGGGGUGCUCAGCCAGACCAUGCUGAUCCGAUUCUUAUGGGAGAAUGGUAGGAGCUUCCCCGUCCUGGAGCAACUCUUCACUCAGCACCUGCGUGAUCUCAAGAUUGGCUCCAACGAUGUGAUAGCGAUCAACGGCGACCGUCCCCUCGCGGAAGCACUCACACUUCUCCUCAACGAAGGGGUGUCUUCCCUCCCCGUUCUCGAUCACAACCAGAACGUCAUUGGCAACAUUUCGAACGUCGACGUGAGACUCCUCACCAAGUCCUCCUCCCUGCCUCUCCUGAAAAACACCUGCAUCCACUUCAUCUCCGUCAUCCUGUCCACCCGCGGCAUGUUUGAAGGCAAGGACUCCUUCCCGGUCUUCCACGUCACCCCUCUCUCGACGCUGGCACACACGGUGGCCAAACUCGUCGCGACAAAGUCUCACCGGAUGUGGAUCACGGAACCGGUGUCGCCGAGCUCGUCCGGCCCGCCGACCCCUGCCCUGCACACGGCGACGUUGGCUCCGACCUCGAGCCAUUCCUCCUCGACGGGAUCCUCAUACGCGACGCCCCCGCAGGCGACGUCCGCGCCCGGCGACCCCGCGGGCGGUACCGUGGUCGACCACUCCCCGAAGGCCCCCUUCAUCGCCCCGUCGGGCCCCAGCAUAUCCGCCUCGGCGCUGCCGGGGGCCCGCAUCUCUGGCCGCCUGGUCGGCGUGGUGAGCCUGACGGACAUUCUGGUCCUCUUUGCUCGCGCCGGCGGGCUGACCAAUGCCGCCGACCCCAACGAGAUACGCAUGCGGCGGAGACGGAGCAGUUCGAGCAGCGUGCGGAAGAGUUUCGACAAUGGCUCCAGGCCCGCGCCGCAAGGUUCGAAUCUGAGGCCGUCGGCGGAUUUGGUCCGAAAACCUACCGGAUGAGAGAUUGGGAUGGUCUUUGAAAUUGUGGUGAGAAGAGAGAGAGAGAGAGAGAGAGAGAGAACAAAAAUUUCCCAAUUGGUUCAGUUUGGCGCUGGGGUUGUGUUGUGUUUGCCUCCUACAGGAACACAAGAGUAGUGGUGGUAAACAGCAAAGUCCUUUUUUCUUUCCUUUUUUCUUGGAAGCAUCAGCGAAGAAAAUUAGAACAAGCGUCGUAUGAGAGAGGUAGAAGAAAAGAACCCAAGGUUUCUUUAAGAAGACUUGAUGGCGAAGCAAUGUGAUCAUGUUUCUCGGCAUGUAUGCCUGGACUUUUCAUCUAUACGUAUGAUUUCGACCCAUCCCAUACCCCAACCCUAACCAUGGUAGAUCAAUCUCUCUGGGGUCUUCUCCAUGUCCGGAGCGAGAUGGCAUGGUGAUAUGAUCGGAGAGUGAAGAAGGCAUUACAGAGUUUGAAUAGUAGUGUGUGAUAGGUAUGACUCCAACGCCUCUCCUCCGGUGAUGAACCGUGCCGUACUGUGACGCGCAUUAUAUUAUUACUCGGUAUUCUCUCAUCCAGUUGUGGCAUCAUCAGGCAAAAAUUGUUGCUUUGAUCCAUUUUUGUUCCCUUUGGUCUCCUUUCCUCAUUGUACGAGUUUUCCUCCGAAGAAGAAAGUGUUGGUUUUGUGAUGCUAUGCCCUUCCAGAGACCGCUCAUGUCCUCAAGAUAUACAAAUAUGUAUAUAUAUACAUAUAUAUAUAUUUAUACGGCAUGAACACCCAUCUGGCAUAUAUCCCCCUCUUGACAAGUCUCACCUCACCCUUGGGUCAGCCACUAUAUGUGUACAUGAAUUAAAUAGACUUGGCAGGCCAGAAACCAAAAGUCAAUCACCCUGGCUGGCAGAGCUUGGUAUCCUCCAAACUGCGCGUCCGACCCAGAUGGAUAGGGGGCCCGUGAGAGCAUCUCCUCAGUGUCUCCCGAUAAACAAAAGGACGCCUGAGUGCCCUGUCUGCCGAAGGGGCGAAAGGGGGAAGUACACCGUACAGGUGCGGAUAAAUCAGCACCUUGCUUACCCCGUCGGCUCAACACCUCACGGUGACAGAGUGGCCUGCGCACUGUGCUCGUCGGAUGAAGAAGGUAAGCCAGGUACAGCAGGAACAGUAUUGUUCCCAUCCUCCCAGGACCCGUCCAUGACAAAGUGGUCCCAGAAACCUUCGCCUGCUGGCGUAACCUGUCCGGAACCGGCGCCGAAUGGGAAUCCUUUGCUGUCUUGGCUGAAGUUAAAGUCGAGCCCGGAAGUAGGUGCACUGGGCGUCGAACCUGUCGGAUUUUGAUGGUCUGUGAUCCCAUCGGCGGAGACAAGGUUGUUAUUCUGCUCCAGUGCCGAAGGGGCCAACGUGACAGACAUGCUUGGGUAAUUCGAGGGGUGUACCGGCAUGCCUUUGAUCCCGCCAUCGCCGUGAUGCAUACCGUCGUGCCAUGGGUAGUAGGGAGUCGAGAUAUACUGGUCGCUGCCUUGCAUAAGCAUGGAAUAACUGGGAUCGGUGGUGUCGAAGCCUGGUGCAUUCGCGAGCAUCUGUUGAGACUCGGGAGGUAGAGAGGUCGUCAAAGGUCCCAUGUCCUGCCACAGAGGAGGGCAGUCAUUUGAACCGGAGAAGGACGGAUAUCCAGUGAUCGAGGGUUGAUGCAUAUAAUCCGAUUCGGACUUGACCUCGGACGGGUUAAUCGUCGCCGGCGUAGACAUGCGGCGCUGUCCGAGCAUGUUGGGAGGCUGUUGUGCCGCGAGGGUCGGAGAGGUUGAGUCCUGAUGAGACUGGGGUGUCCCCGAGGCCAUAGACAGUGCUCGACCCUGGUUGGUCCGGAAGCCGGGGUGAUGAGGAUUUGGAUAUGGUGUAGUCCGGUAUGUCGACUGGGCAGACUGGCCCAUGUUUUGUGGUGGAAGCAUCGGUGAUGGAAACAUGUUCUGAUGCUGCUGCUGGUACUGUCCGGGAAAGGCUUGGGCGUAGGAAUUCUGCACCAUCUGCUCCAUUGCACUGCGCAUCGCCACCUGGUUAGUGAGGUAGGCGGCUAGUCUUCGAUUGAAGUCGGCCGAUCCGGUCUGUAGAUGUGCUGUGAGUCGACGAUACUGUGAUGGCAAGUCAUCAUCCUCCUCUUCAUACAUCUCCUCGUUGAUCACAUCUUGCUCGGUGACACGCAGCGCCCGGCCGGUCCUGCGCUUGUGAAUUUCGGAGGCUCGCCGUGCUGACUCAACUCGGGCCUCUAGACUUCGGUCGCUCCGCCUUGAAGCCGCGAUAUAUGCUCUUGGGUGGCAGGUUAGAUAGGAACAAGACUCGGUCUGAUCGUGAGUUACUCACCUCUCUUGAUUUUCUUCAUGUGUCCGCUCCGUCUUUAUCGCCUUGGCAGGCGGUGUGGUCCUUACCGGCGGCAUCUUGGAGUCCACGGUGCCACUGGACACUGGUUGCUCACGCUUGCAUGAUGCUGGCAUGGCCUCGAUGAGGGACACACUGGUCCGUACCCGGGUGGCGAGAUAGGUGUCUGGGUCAAAUUGACGUAGCCGUGAUCGGGCGUAUAGGUGGCGUAUGAAAAGGGCGUAUCUCUCAGAGAUGGUGUUGACAAUGUGAUAGCUUGAGCUGGAGAUCGAAUAGAUCAGUGAAGUAGUGUAGUGGUGUGAUAUGGUAUGGUAUAGUAUAGUAUAGUAUAGUAUAGUGUGGUCUGGUAUAGUUGUACACCUAGGUAGUAUAGAAGGGAAAGAUCACAGUGACGGAGGAUAUGUACAAUGACAAGAGAACAGCAAAGUGGCGACAACAGGGAGGCAGCUUCUCCCGGGUAAAGAAGCAAGAGCUGUCGGAAUGUCGAAUGACAGCCAAGGCAGAAGAUUUAUGGGAAGACAGAAAAGAGUGAGAGUUUGCGAGCGGAGCUACUCGUACACGACAGUUAAACUGUACAUGCUCCUCUCAUGGCACAUCCGCUGGGAAACUUGUGGUAUGGAGAGGUGGAUACGACAGAGGAGGAAGAGGAGGACCUGAUGUUAGCGGCGAUAGGGAAGAGCGUGCCGACAUUAUUGAGGCUUUGGAAAGAAGAGCCCGUGCAUGGCUGAUGCUGGCGACGAUCACAGGCGGCUUGUGGUGGAAAGGGUGGUCAAGGCCAGGGCCACACCGAUGGAAGUGAAUGCGCAUCCUUGAAUUCUAGAGGAGGAGGACCUCGCACGGCUCUCUUUUGAAAUGAACCAGAGCGGAAGAUCAGUGCGAGCAUUACUGAUGUACGAGUACGAGAGGAAAAAAGGCAAAAAAUCUAGCUUCGCAGAUUUCCAAAUGUUGACAAGGGUUGGCAGCGUUGGUGUCGAUGCGAGCGACGUUUUCGCCGUAUCCAACAUGGUCCCGUGUAUCGACAAGGUUUUGGGGCGGAGAGAGCGACGGGCUAAACCCGAGUAGGCAGGUCUCUACCAGGGCAAAGUUGGCUGGGGACGGUUCUUUACGAAGUACAUUCUUACUCAGAGGAUGGAUACUCUAUGGAGCACAUGGUACACAGUCUAUUGUACGUGGAUUCUACUGUACGACGAUAGAGAGAGCAACUGACUGUUG